AUGGAUUGCCCGCAGUGGAUCCUAUUCAGCCUUUGGUUGAUUAGUCUUGCCAGUGCCUCCACGCUCACAGAAUUGCUGGGCAGGAUUAGGCAGGAGUCGGACUUUGAGUACGUGCUGCUCAUGAGGAACAAGAACAUGAGUGCAUCGGAUCAGGUGUGGAACAGCAGCAGUUUGGCAAAGGAUAUCAUGGACACAGUGCAGGUUCCAGUCCUCCAGCUGGACGAGAAUGUCAACUACUUCUUUCAUAACUUUACAAGCAAUCGACUAAUUUCGAUGGUGUUAAUGAGUGAUGUAAAUCUAGACGAGCACAGGGGUCUGCUUCAGGCUCUAGUGGCGAAUCUUAGGCACAUGACCACGUCUCGGGUGAUAUUUAUUAUAGAAAUGGAAGCUAGAAGUGCAGGGCUUUAUGAAUUGUUUAAAGACUGCUGGCUAAAGAAACUUCUGAAUGUUAUGGUUUUGUUUGCAGAUCAUGAGAGAACCAAGACCUUCUACAGCUACUCGCACUUUCCAAUUCUCCAAAUCGAAGAGCGUAUUUACGAUUCUGACCUGGAAGCCUCACUCAUAUUUCCCGAUCGCCUGAGAAAUUUCCAUGAGUACGAGAUGCCCGUGAUCAUUGGCGGCACAGCUCCACGAAUGAUUGCCUACUAUGACAGAAAGGGUCGAGUGGUCUACAAGGGCACUGUGGGACAUUUCAUGAAUGCCUUCCAGCAAAAGUUUAACUGCAAACUUGUGCAGCCCCUGAAAGCCGCGAAUCCUUUGGAAUUUGCUCCUUCGAUGCAAACGGUGGCAGCGGUGCGUAACAAUUCCGUUGAGAUGUCCAUGUCGCUGACCUUUCCGCCGUUUCCUCCUUUUGGGUUCAGCUACCCGUACGAGCAGUUGAACUGGUGCAUUAUGAUGCCGGUGGAGGCUGAUGUGCCACCUCUGGAGUACUACACCAGGGUUUUUGAGCUGAGCGCCUCUCUGCUGACUCUGGGUGCCCUCGUGAUGAUUUCCUGCUUGCUGGCCAGCUCUUUGUGUCUCCAUGGCUAUCCAACGUCCAUCAAUGAUUUCCUGCUCCAUGACAGCUGCCUGAGGGGAGUCCUCGGGCAAUCCUUUGUGGAGGUGUUCCGAGCACCCAUCCUCGUGAGGGGCAUCUAUCUGGAGAUCUGCGUUCUUGGCAUCCUGAUCACCGCCUGGUACAACUCAUAUUUCUCCAGCUACGUGACCACCGCGCCCAAGCAGCCCGCUUUCAGGAACUACGAUGAUGUGCUGGCCUCCAAGCUGAAGGUGGUGGCCUGGAAACCGGAGUAUGCUGAGCUGUUCGGUCGCCUCCUGGAGUUUCGCAAGUACGAGCCCAUGUUUUUGGUGGAGCCGGACUUUAGCAAGUAUCUCGCUCGUCGGGACACAAUGGACACACGGUAUGGCUACAUGAUCACCAACGGCCGAUGGGUGGUUAUCAACGAGCAGCAGAAAGUCUUCUCCCGACCCCUAUUCCGCAUGCGAGAGGAUUUCUGCUUCUUCAACAAUGUCCCCUUUGGGUUGCCGCUGCACGAGAACUCGGUGUUCAUGGAACCGGUACUCCGGCUGAUUAUGGAGCUGGCCGAAACGGGGUUAUCCCAAUACUGGCUCACGAAGGUCUUCUCGGAGCUAAUUGAGGCGGGGGAGAUGCACUUCAUAGACCUGAGUCCGCGGCGGGAGUUCCGUGCCAUGCAGCUGCAGGACCUGGAGUACAUAUGGUAUGGCUUUGCCUUCAUGGCGGUGCUGUCCUCCCUGGUGUGGCUGCUGGAAGUGACAUUCUACAGGAUAAAGUCUUCGAAGGGUGUUUUUUCACUACAUUUUAUUUUCCGCAGAUAA